GAAAUAACGUUUCAGUUUGAAAUCUGCGACCGCGCCUUUUAGUCAACAAAACACCUUUUGUAACGAAACUUGUGUUUCUUGUUAAAAAAAUAAUUUAUUUUCGUUUCUUCGACGCGUUGCUUCUUCAGACGUUUUGUGUGUGUUUUUUUCAUGUCGGAGGGGAAAAACCGUUUCCCUGGUUGCACUGUUUUAUCGUUGCAUGUCUGGUGUCCAGCAAAUCAAUGGUGUUUAUGUUGAGAGAAAAUCCCAUCGAUAAAGUAUUUCGACGACGAGUGAAACAAGUGACGCAUGCACAAAAUUACUGAUCGUUCGAACGGUGACCAAAAAUCAACGGCAGUAUGUGCGGUUAAGUGUUUGGCAAUAAUGUUGAUCUCAUAUCGAAUCAAAGCCUUAGUAGAGUGUAAUCAAGUGUAAAUUGUAACCGAAAAGAAAAAAAAAAGAAAAUAUUUAUGCAUAAAAUGAAAGAUAAACCAAAUUACCGUCAUUCGACGGCUAAACAGUUCAAAGAAAAUGGUUGUUGCGACAGACAGAAAUCCGUUCCAAAUUCAAUGAAUAAUAUACAUUUAGAGCGUAGUGUGUUCGUGAUAGCGACAACAACGCUGUUGUUAUUACUGCCAGCGAUAGUGAAUUGUGAUAAUAAUAACAAUGUAUUGAAUGAGAUCGAUAACGGUGGCGAGGUGCAUGCCAAAAAUACGCUUACAGAAUUGACGGGCGGCCGUGUUAUCGGCGAAAAAUGGCUACGACAAAUGGAAAGCCCAUACUCACUGGAAACCGAUUUGACAGUCGAACGCAGCGGAAAACUGUUCAUCGAACCGGGUGUUACAAUUCACGUCGCACCAAUGGUCGGAAUUACGGUGCGAGGUGUUCUAACUGCAUUGGGUACGGCCAAUGAAAAAAUUGUAUUCACAACGCAAACCGAUUCGGGAUACGAUGAGUCAAUAACAAAUGAACCGAAAAAAUUAGGUGCUCGUUUGGUCGAUGGCCCAUCACCGCUAUCCGGACGCUUGCAAAUAUUCUAUGAGAACAAAUGGCGAUCGGUGUGCACCAAUUCGAGGAAUUGGACGAUACCGGAUUAUGAGGCGGUGUGUCGUCAAAUGGGUUUCAAAGGUGGCCGAUUUUGGAACUGGGUAGAACGAUUAUUCAACUAUGAAUCACGUCUGCUAUACGAAGAGCCCAAUUGCCAAGGCACUGAAAUCACAUUAGCGGAAUGUUCGUGGAAUUCAAUCCAAAUUGGUUCUGGCAUUUGUGAUUAUCACAACGAUAUCGGCGUUCAAUGUUUACCUUUGCAUGAAACAUCAACGCCGCACUGGCGUGGCAUACGCUUUGAGUAUGCACCGUCCGAACAGCGAUUAGCACUUGACAACACCAAUUAUGAACAAGUGUCGAUGUCGGAAUUGCGAUAUGUUGAUAUCAUAAAAGCGGGUUCGGGAAUGAGUCGUGCAACGAAUGCGGCCGUUGAAGUUUUGGGCGUACCACCAGCAAUGAACUUCGUUACCGUCGAUCGAAGUGCAUACACUGGUAUUAAUGUGACACGACCCGAUGCUGCAUUCACAUUCAAUGAUGUCACCGUACAGAAGAGCCGUGGUAUUGGUAUUUUUGUGAAUUCAAGCAAUGGCCUGGCACUAUUCAAUCGUGUUAAAGUCACGGAAAAUGGAGACGAUGGAAUUCGAUAUACCGGACAUGAUUUGCGAUCCGAUGAACGAACCGAUCGAAAUAGCAUUUAUGAUUUUUGUACAUUGCCAACAACAGCCGGCCAAACAUAUCCGAUAUCCGUGUCCAUUCAACAAUCCCAGUAUGCGACCGUUGCGAAAGAAUGUUUUAAAUACUUUUUCGCGCGCAAUGGAUAUUUGUUAACGGUGAAUUUUGUGCAUUUCGUUGUUGAACGCAAUGAAACGGGAUACGUGGACAUUUUUGAUGGGUCUUCGGCCAGUGAUCGAUUGAUUGCAUCAUGGGCAAUACGAAAUUUUACACGGCCACAGAGUGUGACGAGCACACGUGAAAAGAUUUUUGUUCGUUUUCGCGCUGAUUCACGAUCAAAGAUAUUGGGCUAUUUGAAAUUAACAACCGGGCCAUUUAAAUCGUACGAUGUGAAUGUGACGAAAUCGGUGAUUUCGAACAAUGCGGGCCGUGGUAUUGCUAUCGAUUACAUGCGAUCUCAAGUUCAUAUUCAUGAGAGUGCAAUUAUGAACAAUGGCCAUGUGGCUGGUUUGCACAUCACAAGCGGUGUUGGUGAUAUAAAUGUAACGCAAAGCCGAAUUGGCAUGAAUCAUGGCGAUGGAAUCAACAUCACUUACUAUGGAGGCAAUCGAAAUAUUUCGAAAAGUGCCAUCACUUCGAAUCUGGGCUAUGGAGUUGCGGUUUGGUUGAAUCAUACAUCGGAGGUGGAUCGACAAGAGUUUCGGUCGUUUAAUCAAACAUCUGUUGUGGAGUAUUCAACGUUCUUCCGGAAUCUCGAAACUGGAAUUUUACACGGAAAUUUCUGCAGCAAUCAUUGGGUCAACAUCACCGGCAAUAAAUUCAAUGAUAGUCUAUUUGACUCCAUUGACAUUCAAUCGUGCUGGUUUACUACGAACAACAAUGAGAAAUUGAAACUGCAAAUCGGACACAAUGUUUUUGAAAACGACAACAAAAUCGGAAUUGUCAUCAGUCCAGCGUUGAAUUUGGACGGAAACAUUGAAUACAAUCAUUUUCAGUAUGGAAAAUAUGGAUCACUGCUCAUACGAAACAAACAGCUCGAUGAAUUUUUGUCGCUUCCUGUUCGCCUCAACAUUCAUCACAAUCAAUUUUUCAAAAAUCAAGGCAUCUACGUUGCUUCAUUGGGUUUGACACCGUACAGCGAGCAAGAUAUUCAAUAUCUACUGUUUACGAGGAAUUUCGUGCGAAUGAAUAAAAUCACCGAACCAUUUUUGAAUCCAGACGAUGACGAUGGUGCGUUGGGUGAAAAUCGACUGUCACCACGUUCACGAGUUGCGGCACCGGUUGUUAUUUCGUCCAGCAAUGUUGAUGUAUUUCGAAAUAUUAUUCACAAUCGAGAAUCGCGUUACGAAGUCGGUUCACAGGUGUCGGAUCAAAGCAAAGUGUUAAAUGUAACAUACAAUUGGCUGGGUCAUAAGGAUGAAGAGCAAAUUUUCCAUCGGCUUUUCCACCGCAAAGACAGAUAUGAUUUGGCGAAAAUUGAAUACCUACCAUAUCUGUUGCACAAUUCAAACCCAGGCGCGAACACAAUAAUGUCAAUUCAAACAUUUGUUCCGCGAUUCUUCAUCGAAGGCUCGGAUGUGGUUGGCGGAGAAGUUGAUGGUCAAGAAAUCCUACAGCCCGGCACCUAUACAGUCGAUCGAGAUAUUAACAUUCGACCGGGCGGUAAAUUAACGUUGAGCCCAGGAGUUACGCUCAAUUUUGCACCCAGUGUUGGAAUGAUGGUUUCGGGUAAGCUUGAAGCACGCGGUCGAAAUCCCGAUGAUAUUUCGUUUACAUUGAAACGAACACCGGUCGUUACAUUCGAAAAUGAGACGACUGAUGCAAAUAUAACGGAAAUGGACACCGAAGCGGUGGUUAUCGUUGAACAAAAGCCAAAUGUGCCAAUUCGAUUGCUCGGUGGAGCUUCGGAGAUGGAAGGAAGAUUACAAGUCUAUUUGAAUGGUAAAUGGGGAACCGUGUGCGAUUAUGGAUGGAAUAUCAUAAACGCUGCUUUAGUGUGUCAUCAGCUGGGCUACGCUUUGAAUCCAUCCGAUUGGCAAUUGGAACGUUCAGAGCUACCGAAUGCGGGCACAUCGGAAGAUGUAAUUCUAUCGAACGUGCGAUGCACUGAACAUGACAUUGAUAUUACGAAAUGCCGUGCUGAGCGUGCAUCAAACAAAGACUUUGUCAAUUCAUGCUCACACACCCAAGAUGUUGGCAUUCGUUGUUAUGAGGGUGCGUGGGCUGGUGUUCGAUUUGGUGUGUUGGCUGAAUCGACCGAUUUGCAGUACAUUACCAUUGAAAAAGCCGGUCUUUUCGAUUAUGCAACGAAUACAUUCAAACCAGCGCUACAAAUGGAUUUCGCUCGUCACAAUUUGGAAAAUGUACGAAUCGUACACAAUUUGCAAGAUGGCCUUGGUGUUGUGUAUUCCGACAUUUACAGCGGAUCAACGAACAAUGUGAAAAACUCGGAAUUUUCAAUGAAUCGCGGCAGUGGAAUCAGUUUAAAACAACUUGGUCUUCGUGUUCAGGGUUCGGUUAUCAAAGAUAAUUACGGGCCGGGAAUCAUUCACACUCCGGUUAUAUCAGCGAUUGAACAACGUGAAUUGGCUGGUUGGUUUCAAAUGGCACCUGAUUUCAACAUUCAUGAUUCCGACUAUCAUCCAUUCACGCUGCCCGAUGACGAAUUCAGCGACAUUAAUGUGGACAUUUGGACAAAGAAAUACUUGCUAACAUCGCGUGUGUAUGACCAACCAAUUGAACGAAACAUCAACAUUCACUGCGCUCCGGGUUAUGUAAUUGGUUUUCAAUUGCUGAAUCCCAUUCAGAAUGGAUCGACGGAAAACAUUUGGAUUUACGAUUCGCAAACGCCAAGCAACAAUUCCAAUGUGUAUGAAAUGAAACGUGAUUUAACCGUAUUUCCGGUGACAACCAGUAGCUAUGGAGUUAAAUUGCGCUACACCAGUGGAACGAAUGCGUUUGGCGGUGUUGUUUUAGUUAUAUCCAGUAUAACCGCACCGGUGCAAAACAUUUACAAUCGAAUCGUACGCGGUCCAGUUCCGACAUUGUAUGUCACAUCGACGAAAAUCCAACGCAAUCAGAAGGGAAUUAUGGCUACGUAUUACAAUCGGUAUUUGGGCGAUCGUGCCGAACAUUUUAUGCGCAAAGCAAAUGAAUCAAUCAAACUGACGCAUUGUGAGAUCAGCCACAAUAGAGAAGAAGCAAUUUUCGUGUUGUCACCAUUUUGGGAUGUUCACGUCAGCAACAUUUCCGAAGUGACAAUUCAUUUGAACAAUUCGCUGGUGAUCAGCAACGGACGCGGCAUUCGACAGUAUUCAAAAGAUUUGCGAUCAUCAAACAAUCUGUUUCAUUAUGUGAUUCAGGGAACGACGUUCGAAGAUAAUUUAAACGGUGGUCUGGAUAUUAGUUUGCCAUAUGUUUGGCAGUACAACGAGAAUUUCACGCAUUCCGUGUAUUUGGGCAAUGAUACUUGGAUUCGAAACAAAAAUUUUGGCGUUCAUGUGACCGGUCAUUUUGCAAUUGUUAACAUAACUGGCAAUACAUUCCGGGAGAAUGACUGUUUAACUGGGUUAAUCGGCUUUCGUGGCAUGGAGAAAAAACUGAAGAUUGAUGGCAAUGUCAUUAGCAACAAUAAUGCCAGAUAUGUGAUACAGUUCCGCGCUGAUUCAUUGAGUGAAAUUCUUGGUGAAGUGUUUGCUGUGUUUGCAUACAAUAAAAUUGCAAACAAUCGGUUCGAGGGAGAGAUACGCCAACUCAGUCUACCACAUGCUGGAUUCAGAUACAAUCGUUGGAUCGCUGAUCGAAACCCGACGUGUGUUAUUUGCUUUAAUGGCAUUCAAAAAGUUCGCAUCUAUAGAAAUCUAUUGACCGAAAAUAAAUUGCAGUAUGAUCUGUUGGCGGGUGUUCGGUCGGCUCGGUUGAGCAAUUUCCUAGAUGCCACUGAAAAUUGGUGGGGCUCAACCGAUGUUAAUUUCAUUCUAUCGCGAAUUUUUGAUUUUGACGAUUGGAAUAAUCAUGCUGAAGUGCUGUUUAGACCGUUUUUGGUGGAGAAUAAUGUUGAUGGCAGCCUGUCGCCUUCGAUCAUCGAACGGAAAACUAUUGAUAUUGAUAAAUUGGGUGGAAGAAUCUUCGAAGAUCUGACGCUAUAUCGACGAGGUGUUCCAUAUGUCGUUAAUUCCGAUAUUACCGUCAUGCCUGGCGUCACAAUGACCAUCCAUGCUGGAGCCGAAUUUGAAUUUGCCGAGAACGUUGGAAUCUUAGUUUUGGGUACUUUGAUUGCACGCGGUUAUCCAGAUGGUCGUAUUAAAAUGCGAAGCCAACAAACGACCGUAUCUCAAGAUCCACAAUACAAAGCUGAACGCCAUAUGGAUGACAAUCGCAAUGAUUUGGAUUCGAUACGCUUGUGCAAGAAUGGCAACUGUUCGAAUGAACACAAUGACGUGGAGCCAAUAACGGAAGGCUUUUUGGAGUACUUCAAUCAUACAACACUACAAUGGGUUCCGAUUUGUGAUCGUCGCUUCACCGAACGUAAUGCUCAAGUGGUGUGCCGUGAAAUGGGUUUCAAUUAUUUGGAUGUUUACUUCAAUCACGAUCAGCGCUUAGAGUAUCAUACGAAUUCGUUGACUCGAAUUUGGUCAUGGGUUCAACCGCUCGAAUGCAAAGGCGAUGAACCGAAAUUCAGCCGCUGCGCAGAACGAUUAAACGGACAAUUGUACGGUCAUCGGCACGAGUGUAAGUGGCAUGAUAAGUUUGUGUUCGUCAGUUGCAAUGGAAAUGCAGACAUUCACAAAUACUGGGGCGGCAUUCGAUUUGCGCAUCCAGACUUUGAGCACAACACGUAUGAACAUCGCAUUCAUGACAUCCACACGCAUACAACGAUCAAAAAAGGCGAGAGUUUCUUGGAAUUCAUCGAUAUCGAUUCGGCUGGUAUGUUGCAUGGCGAAAAAUCAGCUGCGAUUCAAACCAUUUUCAAAGCGCCUACCAUUAAUGCUAUCACCAUUACGAAUGGUGCACAUCAUGGCGUUAAUUUGGUGUCACCAAGCGAUACAAUGCAUUUGAAACUGUUGAAAAUUGACAAUGUUUUGGGUCAUGGUAUAAAUGCUGUUUCGUUGACUGGGGAAGGUCGUGAAAGUGAAGAAUCAAGCUUUGCACCGCUUAAAUCACUGGAAUUACCCUAUCACUUGUUCUCUCUUAUCGACAUUUGUGAUACCAGCAAGGAGAUUAUCAUCGAAGAACGUGUCAUUUUGUACUAUAAAUAUGACAACGACCCAGUGAAUUGUGUUAAAAUUUUCAAUAGUGCUUAUCGCGUUAAACCGAUCGGAUUCCGAUUGCUGCAAUCGAAUCUAUUCAAUCAUUCGAAAUUGUACGGACGUCGUGAUUCGAUACAUUUGUUUGAUGGGGAUUUGUACAAUCUCACGGCAAAACACAUUGAUACAAUCGAAGCCGAUAGCAACAAUGAAAAGCGAUUAUUCCGUACAAAUGGUCCGAUUCUAAGUGUUCGACUCGUUGCAAGCGGAGCGCCGGCAACGCACGGUUUCUUCGCUGAAGUAGUAACUCUACCUGCAUCUGCCAUUGGUUUCAAUCGUGAUGCACAGCAUAACAUUUCGAUGUCGGAAAUCUCGGGCGCUGUGGGCGGUGCACUUACUUAUGCAACCGCUGGUGAAAUAUCGCCAAGAUUAACACUCGAGAAUAAUCGAAUAGUUAAUAAUUGCCGGCAAAUGUAUGGUAAUUUCUCGACGUGUGAAGCAGCCAUCAAAUUAGACGUGCAAAAUAUGCAAACAUUCUUCUUUCAAAACAAUUUGGUGAAAGGAAAUCAAGGUGGAAUUUUGAUAAACGCUGAUUCCAGGGGCUCGGCCACAUCACUGCGCGCUUUCAUUCAUCACAGUUUAUUCGUCGACAAUCGAAAUCGACCGAGUUUGUUCGUUGAAGGACGACAAUCAUCGCCGUAUCAAGAAGUGACCAUUUUCAAGAAUUACUUCUCGCAAAAUAGAGCCGCAUUCGCAGAUGUAAUUGCAUUGCGCCAAGUGGUAUCGAACUUUAGCUACAAUUAUGUGCACAGCAAUCAAGGUGGACGCAUCAUCGAAAUUUCAGGAUUUGACAAAGUUCGACUGCCAAUUUAUCAAACCACCGCACAUAAUGGCUUCUAUGAAAAUGUUGCAACCGAUUGGCACGGCCGUGCAACCAUUGUAGCUGGCACAGCGGGUCAACAAUACGUGGAUAACAUCUUCUACAAUCCGGCAAAUGACUAUGAAAUGAUUACCGUAAAUCGAUCUAUAUUUGAAUUCCAGUUUUGGAACAGCACGGUGGAUUUGUGGAAGACGAGAAUCGACGCAGCGCACAAUUAUUGGAAUUACAACGAUACGCUUGCUGUUAGCGGUAGAAUUCGAGAUAAAUCAGACGAUCCUCUCUUGCUUGAGGUGAACUAUAUGCCAUAUCAGCUGAACAACAAAACCAUUUUGGACGAUAAAUGUCCACCUGGAUGGUCAUUGAUUCUGGACACGUGUUACAUGUACGUUGGAGCACCGAUGACAUUCUACGAAGCUCGAGAGUUCUGUCGAUCGGACAAUGCAACGAUGCCAUUCAUUCGUGGAUCAAACGACGUUUUGUGGCUGUACUUACAACGACAAAUGAUGCAUUUGCGAUAUCCAGAGAAAAUUUGGAUUCAAGACUUGAAUCAUUUGGAACAGUGCUCGAGUUUCAUUUAUCGUAGCAUCGAAAUUGACGAUUGCGACAACAAACGUGGUUUCGUUUGCGAAAUCGAUCCAAGGGUCCGUCUGUCGCCGCUCUCCUGGCAAACCGAUAUCGCUGCAGUGCUGAUGAUCAGUGCUCUUAUUUUAUUCUUCCUAUUGAUAUUUUUGUUUGUAUUUUGUUGGUGCUCAAAAUCGCACCAUCGUCACAUGCAGCGAUUAGAACGGCGAAACAGUAUCCGACAGUCACUGCGUAGUUUAAACGCGAUCGAUCCACAGGGAUCGCUGCGUCGUCGCAAUUAUAGCAUGACAAGAUCAACGGACACAUUGACGAAAUCAAUCAUAACAACGCCCGACUACAAGAAAAUGAUGUCAAAGGGGUCGAUUGACUCAAUGGACAAGAGUGUCAUUAGCUCAACCCCAAGUUUGGGUGGUGGCUAUGACAAUCAAAAUAUGCAACAACGAUAUGUGACUCAGAAGAAUAAAUACAGUCCGACCGAUUCGGAUAGUAGCGCGGCAAAGAAAGGUGGUUCAUCAUACGAACAAAAACCCGCAAAUACACCAAAUUAUGAUCCAUAUGGUCAAGGCUUUGAGCUUUCCUAUCGCAACGAAGGCUUCCGUGAUAAUUCAUUGUUCAACACACGCAACAAUUCGUAUGGCACAAAUAUCAACGACGACACACCCAUCGUACACCACACCGACAUCGACGAUUCGGUUUCCGAUUAUUAUGGAAAAUCCAGUACAUUGCCAAUGAAUCCGAGAAACAAUGAUAAUCUAUCAUUUUUGAGUGAGCUCAAACAUCAAUUGCCCGAAUACGAGCAACUGAAUUCGGGACAUAGUAGUUUCCUAACGUCUCCAGCACACGAUCAAUCACCAAAUGCAUUCCAAUCCUUUUCACAAGAUAAAAAGAGUGCGGCAUCGAGUGCAUCACAUUCGCCGAAAACUGGACAAGAACCGAAAACGGAUGCGAAAAAACCAAACGAUUACGCACAACCAAAUAUCCGUAUGAUCGAUCAUGAUACUCGACGGCCCAGUUCGUAUUUUACUGCCAUGCAAAAUGCACGAGAUUCCAAAAAUAUUGCGAAUAUCUCGUCACCAAAUCGCCGGCCAAAGGCUGUGUACCAAUCGUCGCUGGUUUACGAUAAACCAGUGAUCAAUCUCAGAUCCAAAUCGGAGGCACUGCUCGAGGCGAACUUUGACGAAACGGCCGCCACUCUAGAUCAAAAAAUGAAAAGUGAUAAUAAAAGCUACAGCCAACCAAUGGAGACUGCAAUGUAACACAUUAAGAUCGUAUUUAAAGUAGGAUAACUAGCUUUUAGCUCGAACAUCAAACAAUCACAUCCGUCGAACAUUUAACUUACUGUAUUUCAUUCAAUCGACAUGAAACGAAACGAAACCAAUCGAAUCGAAUUUAGUUUUUAAAGUCAACAGCAAACAAAACAAACAGCGAAUUAGUUUAUUAUUAUGAAUAUAUACGAUAGAUCCAGAUCAAAAAUAAGUCGAACGAAAUUUUUUUUAUUAUUUUAGUUGAAUGCUUUGUUCAAAAAUGUACAUAAAUGAUAUAAAGAGAAUUAUUUUCAGAGAGAAUAUAUACUUUUGUUGAAGUUUACUUUUAUGUAAAUUGACAAAUAUUGUUUUAAGCAUAUCGAAAUGGAAAAAGAACGGAAAUCAGAAAUAAAAUGGAAAAAUAAAGAUAUUCAAUCAGAUAGAGUGCAAUUCUAUCCAAAUAUA